GCCCAUGGCACGUGACUCCGCGUUUCAUGACGCUGCCUACGACACGUCUCUCGGUCGAAGCUCCAGAUCCUCGACCAUCAAUGUGGCGUGGCUUUCUUUAAUUCUCGAAUAGAUCAUCACAAUCAUGCGUUUCAGAGCAGAUAUUCAGAACAAUAAUGUCUUUACGAAAUUGACUGCGUCACUUUCGUCCCUGGGACCGGUCGCAUGGGUCAAAUUGAGUAACGAAGAUGUUCGCUUUACCGUGAUACCCGACCAGGGCUCGUCAGUCUGGGCAGCGCUUGCCAUCGACCAAAUUUUCGAGACGUACACAAUCCAAUCUGCCGCCGAAAACAAUACAAUCAACCUUGAAGUACCAUUACAGAAUCUCCAUCGAGCGCUGAAGUCUGCUCAAAACGCCAGUCAUGCCUCAAUUCGUCUGACAAAGAAGAACAACAUCCCACUUCUUUCCUUAACCAUCACAACAGCCGUUUUUGCCGGUGCGCCAAAGCCAGCAACGCAGUCUGCACCACCGGAUGAAUACGGCUACAAUCCAGGAUUUCCGCCAGGUGAUGAGUUUGGCAACCAGUUUCACACAGAUGAAGUCGACGAGCCCUCUUACGAUCGCCUGAACAGAGAGACUAUUAUCACGCAAGAUAUACCAAUCAAAGUUCUCUCUCCAGCUGUCGUGGCUGGUCUCACUGAGCCACGGUCACGAGAACCCGACGUCCACAUUAUCCUUCCACCCUUACUGCAACUCAAAUCCAUCUCCGACCGCUUUACCAAACUCGCCGUCUCCAGUACAAAACCAGCGAAUGGCUCAACAGGCUUCCGAGGCAACACAACGAGGAUGCCAAAGCUGGAGUUGAGCGCAAACAUGCAUGGCUGCUUGAGACUGAGGCUCAAGACCGACGCUAUGGAUAUCAGCUCAAGGUGGACUGGACUGAGUAACCCAGAGCUGGACCCUGAGACCGUGGAAGGCGGUGAAGAUGGCAUAGCACAACAUCCGAGUACGAUCAUGCGGAGUCGAGGUGAUCCCGAAGGUAUCAGUGAUGAAGGCUGGGCUGUCGUGAGACUGGACGGCAAGGACUGGGGCAAAGUCCUGGGUAUUGGUAGAGUGGGUGGAAGAGUCAUUGCAUGCUUUUGCGAUGAGAAUGCGCUGAUCUUGUACGUCUACCUCACAAACGAGGACCCGGGAGGUGUGGAAUCGGUGAUUACAUACUAUAUCAGCUCGUACAGUCAAUGAUUGUACCAGAAUAGCAUGCUCUCCGCUUCAUGCUUGCCCCUGAUCUUUGCUUGUGAAGAUGCACAAUCAUUUGUAGAAACACGUAUACCUCCGCUGAGAGCGCGAAACUGCUGUAUGAAAAGAGGGCCCCCGGUUGAAGGCUCCUAAGUUCUUGAAUGUCACUCUGCAUUGCGACACUGUAGUUUCAGCGAGGGCUCUGUCGAGAGGAAGCAGCGUUACUCGUGCCCAUGAGCUGAUGACGUUUGUGUGCCUUGUCUGCCUUGUGCCGGACCCGAGUGUUUACUUCGGCGACGCCUGAAGCGUCCUGUUUCUUUCC